CGAUUCAAAAAGAUAGGAAUUUUAUAAUUUUUAGCACUAUUAUGUUUGUAUUUCCGAUAAAAUUUGGCUUAAAUGAAAACAUUAUUAUGCAUCGACGGCAGAUUUCAUAACUGCUGUUAUUGUUAGUAUUAUUACAGACCGGUCGAUUUUAGUAUUUAUCAGUGUUAGUCGAACAUUUGUCAUUUAGCCGUGUAAUAAUAAUAAUUAUAAUAAUAAAAAUAUUUGCUGUCAUUUAAAUUACACAUCGUCUAAAGAAUAAUAAGUUAGUGCAUUUAAUAUUGCAUUACAAAGCGAUACAGUGUGUGGCGACAAUAUUAUAGGCUCGACAGGACGUGUGAUAGGCAUGUCAAUAUUUAUGGUACACGGCGUCGGCGGCGGCAAACGCGGGAGAUUGAUACGGCGAAAGAGGGUGGAUAAAAAUUGGUCAUAUAGGUACAGGCGCAUCGCGUCUCGCGGGAGCUCUUUAGUAGUAACCGUAGAAGUACUCGUGUCGGGCGUAGUACGUACUGCGUCGUUCCGUAGGCUCACGAGCCGGUCGUUUCGUGUUCGCGUUCGUAUUAUAAUAUUAUAAUUAAAUGAUACUGAAAUAUUACAUCGUCGAGUGUGAUAAUAAUAAUUAAUAAAAGUCUAAUUUACAGUAUUGUCGUAAUACUUUUUUUCUGACGUGUUUAAUUCGAUAAAAUUAUUUAUUUAUUUUUAUUCGUUCGAAAAUCACCAACACGUACAACAAAUACAACUGAUAACAUGCAGAUAAUGAUCAUCGUCAAGCAGUAUAAUUGAGCACUAACCAGGAGGGACGACACUCGAGAGUCGCUAUGGAGGCGGCCGGAGGGUUCCUCUUGUUUAUCCGCGUUUUAGCGGGAUUAUGGCUUACAGUCGAUUGUUCCAAGUUCACCGCCGAUGAACUGCUUUGCGCGAUUUACCCGAAAAAAAUAUCUAAUGAUGUCGAUUUAGACCCCUGCAAAGCCGGUAAUUUUAUGGGCGAUAUAGCUGUACCUGAUGUAGAGUACAGUAACAAAAAAGAAAAAGACAGACAGGUAUAUGCAGAAAAAAUUGAAAAAUAUAAAAAAGAAAUCAAUGAAGGGCUGCAGAUCGAAGAAGAAGGUAUAAUACAAGGGAUGAGUAAGUCAAUUGAUGUAGCGCAGAUCAAGAUAAGACACAGGCACAACAAUAGGACAAGGAAGAACCACUUUAACAGAAGAAAAAAUGAUGAUCAUCAGGAUAAAACAACAGUUCUUGAUAAUUCUUUAAGCAGAAACAUUGUUCAUUCGAGGAGACGUAGAGCGGCCACUGCAAGAAAAGAAAGAGUAUGGGAUUUCGGCGUAAUACCUUACGAGAUCGAUAGUAGCUUCGGUGGUCCACACAAAGCGCUGUUCAAACAAGCUAUGCGACAUUGGGAAAAUUUUACGUGCAUUAAAUUCGUUGAACGUAAUCCUGACGAGCACCCUAAUUACAUUGUGUUCACCGAAAGACCUUGUGGAUGUUGUUCUUUCGUGGGCAAACGUGGCAACGGUCCGCAGGCGAUAUCUAUAGGCAAAAAUUGCGACAAGUUCGGCAUCGUUGUGCACGAGCUUGGACAUGUGGUCGGCUUCUGGCACGAACAUACCAGACCGGAUCGUGACAAUCACGUGCAGAUCGUGAGAGAUCACAUCAUAGUUGGGCAAGAAUACAAUUUCAAUAAAUUAACGGAAGAAGAAGUAAAUUCGUUGGGACUUCCAUACGAUUAUGAUUCCAUAAUGCACUACGCUAAGAACACGUUUUCAAAGGGAUCUUAUUUAGAGACAAUACAUCCAAUUGACGCGGUAAGAAAUUUGAAGAAACGGCCAGAGAUCGGACAACGUGUUCGUCUCAGCGAAGGAGACAUAGCCCAGACGAAGCUUUUGUAUAAAUGUUAUAGAUGUGGAAAGACCUUGCAGGAGAACAGUGGAAUAUUUGGUUAUUCGCCUGAACCUGGGCAGGAGUACGGAGACAGAUGCGAAUGGCGUAUCACGGCCACUCAUGGUGAACGUAUAGUGUUAAAUAUCACUGAACUCGACAUACUGAAAUCUGAUCAAUGUAGUACCGAUUAUUUGGAAAUCCGCGAUGGGUACUGGCACAAAUCUCCACUGCUUGGCAGGUUUUGUGGGAGUGUUCGCAUCCAAGAUCUCAUAGUGACUGGCAACAGCAGAAUGCUCAUCAGUUUUAUGAUAUCUGACAAAGGUACAAAAUACAAAGGAUUCACGGCAAACUACGAAGCCGUUUGUGGAGGAGAAGUCAUGGUAACUGACGAACAGGGGCAUUUAGAGUCCCCUAAUUUUCCAGACGAUUAUUUACCGAAUAAAGAGUGUGUUUGGAAACUUACAGCACCAGAAGGAUACCAAGUUGGAUUGAAAUUUAACGUAUUUGAGAUCGAAAACCAUGACAAUUGCUUCUACGAUUACGUGGAGAUCAGAAACGGGCACUCCGCUGAUAGCCCUUUGAUAAACAAGUAUUGCGGCUAUAAGCUUCCCUUGGACGUCCAUUCUAGCACUAAUAAGCUGUAUGUCAAAUUUCUAUCGGACAGCUCCGUGCAGAAGGCCGGAUUUUCCGCCACAUUUAUGAAAGAGUACGAUGAAUGCACUUCAGUGGAUCACGGGUGCGAACAAUUUUGCAUUAACACGUUAGGUGGAUACGAUUGCGCCUGUAAAGUGGGAUUUGAGCUACAUUCGGACAACAAACACUGUGAAGAUGCUUGCGGUGGUAUAAUUGAAGCAACCAAUGGUACUAUUACAAGUCCUUCGUUUCCAGAUCUGUAUCCUGGAAAUAAAAGUUGUAUAUGGGAAAUAAUAGCGCCAGUUCAGUUCAAAAUUACACUGAACUUUACUCACUUUGACCUAGAAGGAAACAACGCUGAAUGCGAAUACGACCGAGUGGAGGUAUACAGCAAAAUUGGUUCGGAUAAACUCAGGAAGCACGGGGUGUAUUGCGGUCAAGAAGCACCAUCCAUGAUAACUUCGGAGGCAAAUGCACUGCGCGUGGAAUUUGAGUCAGAUAGCUCUGUGCACAAGACCGGAUUCGCUGCAGUUUUCUUUACUGACAUGGACGAGUGUGCCGUCAACAACGGCGGAUGCCAACAUGAGUGCAAAAACACUCCCGGAUCAUACGAGUGCACGUGCAACAACGGAUUUACAUUGCACGAGAAUAAGCACGAUUGCAAGGAGGGUGGUUGUAAGCAUGAGAUUUCGGCCCCACGUGACGUCAUCACCAGCCCCAACUACCCGGACUCGUAUCCGGGCCGGAAGGAUUGCGUCUGGCAUUUUACCACCACCCCGGGCCACAGGAUCAAAGUGCUGUUCGACACAUUUGAAAUGGAACCUCAUCAAGAAUGUGCGUACGAUCAUAUUACGUUCUACGACGGACCUACACCGGAUUCACAGAUUCUUGGACGGUUUUGCGGUUCCAAGAUCCCGCACCCCAUAGUAUCUUCGUCCAAUCAAUUGUAUUUGGCCUUCAAAAGUGAUGCAUCGGUACAACGUAAAGGAUUUUUGGCCACGCACAGCACAGUUUGCGGUGGUAGACUGAUAGCCACGGACAACGUGAAACAUUUUUACUCGCAUUCCAAUUAUGGCGAUUUGAACUACGAAAGCGACGCUAUGUGCGAAUGGACCAUUGAAGCCAAAGCCAACAUGAAUGUGCACCUAACGUUCUUAACUUUUGAACUGGAAGACGAAAAAGAUUGUAUGUACGACUACGUAGAAAUAUGGAGUAGUUUGGACACGAGUGGGCCGUUCUUCGGAAAAUUCUGCGGACCAACUAACCCGACGGAUGUGAUAUCCACGAACGACGCUCUGUUGCUUCGGUUUAAGACAGACAGCACAAUCGUGAGCAAAGGAUUCUCCGCAUCGUACAUAGCUAUGGAAUCGAUGAAUCCCAGCAUCGAGUAUUCAUCGUUAACUGACGAAGACGACGUUGACUUAGCCUUUAACAAGAAUAAAAAAAACAAGAAGAAGAAAAACAAACCAACGUCAUCGUCGUCGAACCAGACGAAUGGCGAUAGAGACGACGACGAUAGCGAUGGCGGAGGCGGCGGAGACGAAGACGACGAUGAAGAGGACGAUGAUGACGAAGACAUGCUCGCCGUCAAGAGUCCGUAAUGACGAUAUACGACAACGAUAUUAUAACAUAAACAUAGUAACCCGGCGACGACGGACGGUUAAGAAUUUCAUAAAAAAAAAAAAAAUUACUCAAAAAGAGGCAAACCAUUAGUUUAAUAUAUGAUUAUUCAAUGUAGGUAUCGAUUUCUAGAAAAUUACCUCUACGAGACUCCUAUUUUUAAUAAUAUUAUCAUUAUCGUACGUGUGACGGGUGCCCGUUGUAUAUUGUUGUUCUUUUAAUCGUAAAAACUGCACUGCAGUCGGAGCCGCUUAUCAUUAUGUGCCAAAUAGAAAACGAUCGACUCGCCGUGUCAUACAUAAUAUUAUAAUAAUAAUAUAUAAUAAAAUAAUAUGUAUCGAUGUCAUAUACGGUUUUAGCAGUCGUUGAUCUCAUAUGUAUUAUAUGUGUGAAAUACGCGCGCCUCGAACUCCACGAUUAAUGUCCAGUCUUAGACACACCCGUCGAAAUCGUCAGAUAAUAUUAUUAUUGAGUUUGUUAUAUAUACCACCGUCGUAUCGUACGGUUCCCCCGCGUUACGCGAACCGAUCGAUCUCGAUCUCGAUUUCGUAUCAAUUAUUAUUAUUUAUUAUUAUUAUUAUUAUUAUUAAGAUUAUUAAUAUAUUAUUUUAAUCGUUUUAGUUUUAUAUGUUUCGAUAAUUUGAUAAUCUUUUUUUUUUUACGUUAUCAGUAUUUUUUUUUUUUUUUUAGUAAUAUGUUUUUCCGUAGACUUUUAUAUUAUACCUUCCACGUGGUAUUAGAUAUGUCAAAUUUCGAUGAUGUAAUGUUACUAUGUUCGGACGAGAUUCCUAAAUUAUAACAAUAUACCAUUUAUACGCGAAACAAAACGAUACGCGGUCGUCGAAUGCAGCUGAUAUACGAUUACGAUGACGAUACUUCACGUGGUCACCAAUGAAAUAAGAAAUACAUAACGAAAACGUAUCGAGAUCGUCGGAACAGCAACGCGGAUAGCCAUAUAAUAGGACCCAUCACCCUGCAAGUCGUACGUUAUUAUAUAAUUUUUGUUUAAUCGUAACGUUUAAAAACCCCACGUGUGUUGUUUUAAUAUGACAUAAAAAUAAUAUAAUAUCAUUGUACCUAUAUUAUUAUUAUCAUUAUUCAAACGAAAAUAUUGAUAAUCGUUUAUAACCAAUAACAAAAUAAACAUUAUUUCUCGUGUA